AUGUCAGAAACUAGUAAAUACCUCUUCUUCUUCGUCUUCUUCUUCGUCUUCUUCUUCUUCUUCUUGGGUUUAUUGGCGGCUGACAAACAUCGAGCUGGAUCAUUACCGCCACCAACUGGAUGUGAACUAGGAGGGUCGAACACAGUCAGGGGAGGAUUCACACAACACUUUAACAGUUCUGCUGUUAGAUCACACACUGAACCACUGAAGAAAAUGAUUCACAAGUUUGUCUUGUUCUGUUUGUUCUGCUGGAGUCUGACUGGUGUGUUUAGUGAAUCAGUUUCAGUGACGGAGGGAGAUUCAGUCACUCUGAACACUGAUCUUACUGAAAUACAUGAAGACGAUGACAUAGUGUGGAAAUAUGGAGCUGGAAAGUCUCAAAUUGCUAGAAUGAGCAAAAAGAAGCCAAUCUUCUUAUCUGAUGUUCUUGACGGGAGAUUCAGAGACAGACUGAAGCUGGACAGUAAGACUGGAUCUCUGACCAUCACAAACAUCACAACUCGACACACUGGACUCUAUGAAGUAGAGAUAAGUCGAGCAAAAGACACAUCCAAAACAUUCAAUGUUUCUGUCUACGCUCGUCUUCCUGUUCCUGUCAUCAGCAGUAACUCUUCACAAUGUUCUUCAUCAUCAUCAUCAUCAGAGCAGAAUUGUUCAUUGUUGUGUUCAGUGGUGAAUGUGGGUCAUGUGACUCUCUCCUGGUACAAAGGAAACAGUUUAUUGUCCAGCAUCAGUGUGUCUGAUCUCAGCAUCAGUCUCUCUCUACCUCUGGAGGUGGAAUAUCAGGAGAAAAACAGCUACAGCUGUGUGAUCAACAAUCCCAUCACAAACCAGACCACACAUCUGAACAUUAGCAAACUCUGUCAAUUAUUCACUAAUCAGACUCAACAUCUGGACAUCAGCAAACUCUGUCAACCAUGUGAAGGUAGUGGAGCUGACUUAUGUAUUUAUUCACUUUGCUGGUCUCUGUUUCCUGUUGUAGACAGGACUGACCGAUUUACUUCAUGGCUGUUUGUCCUUCACUCUCCUUCUGUUCUUCCAGACUCGUCAUCUCUGAUAGUCGUGAUCUCUGUUGCGGUUGCUGGAUCUCUGUUGAUUAUAGUUGCUUCAUGA